GCCACUACCCCAAUAAGCCCCUCCCAUCGGCAGGUGUGUUGCCAUGGCUACAGGGCAUGCUGUGUAACAUACAGAACCCGUGUGUGAGCUCCCCCACACCGGGCGAAGCACCUGGACAGGUGAACAACUUCGACAACUCCACAGUCACUAAGGUUUUGGUUGAAGUGCAGUCGCUCCUGGCGGAUCCCGCUCUCUUCAGCAGCGUCAAACUGAUCUCUGAGGAUAUCGGCCGAUGGACGUCUGUCCUGGAGAAUGCAAACCCAGCCGCAGGUGAGUCGAUUCCGCUUCACAGUUUGCUGAGAACCAACGAGACGUUUUCUGAAUAUCUGACGAACAGCCUUUUGGUGCCAAACACAACUGCCGCGAGCCUGAUGAGGGCCAGAGUCCGGCUCGGUCAGCUGCCUGCGCUGUCGGCUGAUGGAGAUCUGCGCUCGGUGCUCUGCGGCCCGUCGGCCGAUCGCAUCCUGGACUUUAAUUCAGCCAAUCAGAAAGAGGAGUUUCAGAACAUCACAUGCUCCCUGACAGCCAAUCAGCUUCUUCAGGCCAGACGAGUCUUCAUGCAGAAUCUGGACAACAUCAAACUCCUGAACGCAACAUUUAUCAGCCGCUCUCAUCCUGAAGCGCUUCGGGUUCACUGGAGUUCUGCUGAAGCUGAAGCAUUAAUGUUCUCCAGACUGAAGGAAGAAAAACCCAUUGGCAGCAUGUCUAACUUUAGGUCUUCAGUGCUGCUGAGUGCAGUAGAAACGUUGGACUUCAGGUCGGAUCCGUUCGGGAGCCUCACUCAGCUGAUGUGUGGAACAGACUUUAACUCGACGAGCAGAGCUACUGUGAGAAGAGCGUCGACAGAAUCAGACCAACAAAACACACGCACCGCAACAGCCGACAACACCAACACAACCAGCACCAACACCAGUGAGUUCUGUAAAAACCUGACGGACUCGCUGGAGAGCACUUCCAGCCUGCGUCUGCUCUGGAGGACCUUCCGGCCGUUCCUGCUGGGAAAGAUCCUCUACGCUCCCGACACUAAUGUUACACGCAGCAUCGUCACAGAGGUACACGUGCAAACACAGACACAGAGGGACGCUAAUGCAGUGCAUCUGAAUAAGAAGAGCACAGACUCUCAUUGCGCUCUUCUGAAGAACCCUGUGUUUGCAGUCGUUCUGGACGAGCGGCUGGAUGACUCCGGUCUGUCCUCAGCGCUCAUCAGCGGCUUCCUGUUUAACGGCCCUGAGGCGGAGCGUCCGGCGGGGAUGCCAGCCUUCGACUGGCGUAACGUCUUCAACGCCACCAGCAGCGCAGCGCAGCAGAUCACUCAGAUCCUCGCGUGUUUUGAUCUGGAUAAGUUUGAAGGCGUCAGCACUGAGGCUGUGCUGGUUGAGCAGUCUUUGAAGCUCCUGAAUCAGGACCGCUUCUGGGCCGGUCUGGUCUUCACGGAUCUGGACCCCACUGACCCGCGGACCCCGCCACACAUCAGAUACAAGAUCCGCAUGGACAUCGAGGAGACCGAGAGAACGGACAAGAUCAAGGAGAGGUCCUGGUCCCCGUUGGCCCGUGAUAACCCGUUUAAUGACCUGCACUACGUGAGAGGAGGCUUCGUGUACCUGCAGGACAUGGUGGAUCGAGGAAUCAUUACAGUGCAGACGGGAGUCAGUCAGUCGCUCGGCGUCUACGCACAGCAGAUGCCGUACCCGUGUUACGUGGACGACGCCUUCGUUUCGUCCAUUGGCACCAUACUGCCCAUGUUCCUGGUGCUGGCGUUCAUCUACACGGCCUGCCAGACCAUCAAAGGCCUGGUUCUGGAGAAGGAGCUCCGUCUGAAGGAGGUUCUGCGGGUUGUCGGGGUUCGGAACUCUUCCAUGUGGUUCUGCUGGUUUAUAGAGAACAUGGUUCUGCUGACCAUUCCCUGUGCUUUGAUCUCGGUCAUGGUGAAGUAUGGAAAGGUUCUGCGAUACAGCGACCCGUCUGUGAUCUUUGUCUUCCUCCUGGUCUUCUGCAUGGCCACUGUCAUGCAGUGCUUUUUCAUCAGUGUGUUUUUCUCUCGGGCGAAUCUGGCAGCCGCCUGUGGGGGCCUCAUCUACUUCCUGCUCUACCUGCCUCAUGUGCUUUGCUAUACCUGGAGGGACGUCAUGGGCUUCGGCGCCAAGAUCGCCACGAGCCUGCUGUCGUGUGUGGCGUUCGGAUACGGCUGUGAGAAUUUAUCCCGUUAUGAAGAGCAGGGCAUCGGCAUUCAGUGGAGCAACAUCCGGGUCAGUCCGCAGGAGAACGACCGCUACUCCUUCAUCGUCUCCAUCUUCAUGAUGCUGUUCGACGCGUUCAUUUACUGGGUUCUCACCUGGUACAUCGAGAACGUCUAUCCGGGUCAGUAUGGCAUCCCGAAGCCCUGGUAUUUUCCCUUCACGUCCUCGUACUGGUGUGGGACUCCAGUGGGAUCUGAUGCCCAACCCGACCUGCUUCAAGAGCUGGAGAAUCAGAGCGGUUUCCUGGAAAAGCCUCCGCCUGGAAUGAAGCCUGGAGUUUGUAUCAGAAACCUGGUGAAGGUCUAUAAGACGGGAAAUAAACUGGCCGUGGACGGACUCAGUCUGGACUUCUAUCAGGAUCACAUCACCUCGUUUUUAGGACACAACGGAGCCGGAAAAACCACCACCAUGUCGAUACUGACGGGUCUUUUCGCUCCCACCUCGGGUACGGCUUACGUUAACGGCUACGACAUCCGCAGCGACAUGGACACCAUCAGGACUCACCUGGGAAUGUGUCCACAACACAACGUCCUCUUCAACGACCUGACAGUGGAAGAGCACAUUUAUUUCUACGCUCGUCUGAAGGGUCGGAGCUCUAAAGAGGUGAAGAAGGAGAUCGAUCAGAUGAUUCGAGACGUGGGUUUGCCUCACAAACGCAAAGACCUCGUCAAGAACCUCUCAGGUGGGAUGCAGAGGAAGCUGUCGGUCGCCAUCGCGUUCGUGGGAGGAUCCAAUGUUGUGAUUCUGGACGAGCCGACAGCGGGAGUCGAUCCGUAUGCACGCAGAGGCAUCUGGGAGCUGCUGCUCAAAUACAAAACAGGUCGUACCAUCAUCCUGUCGACGCAUCACAUGGAUGAAGCAGAUAUUCUGGGCGAUCGUAUCGCCAUCAUCUCGCACGGCCGCGUCUGCUGCUGCGGCUCCUCGCUCUUCCUCAAGAAGACGUACGGUAGAGGCUAUUACCUGACGAUCGCGCGGGCCAAUCAGGAGCGAGUCAUGGCACAACGAGCCCCAGCGAUUAAAGAGUGUGAUAAAUUCAGCGUGGAUGAAGGAAUCUGCAGUGACAGCAUCAGCAGUCUGGAUCCGCCAGACGUGGCAGAUCUGAGUCGACUGGUGCGGCGGCACGUGCCGGAGGCCGAGUUUCUGGAGGUCGUAGGUCAAGAGCUGGUGUACGUGCUGCCGUAUACAGGCGCCACAAACGGCAGCUUCGCGUCCCUCUUUAAAGAGCUGGAUCUGGAGAAGAGCACUCUGGGCAUCACCAGCUACGGGAUAUCAGACACGAGCCUGGAGGAGAUUUUUCUGAAGGUGGCUGAAGACACGGGUGUUGACGUGGAGUCCCAUGAUAAGAAAGAAACUCUUAAACAAAAGCGCAGAAGCAGCUCAAGGAUAUCAGGAAUACAGACUAUCAGCUCAGCACUGGAAGGCAAAGAUGCAAACGCUGUGAAAAAUGGUGCGCUCAAACAUGCAAAGGUUAGAUUCACUAGUCGCGUGGAGGACACCCAGCGGCCCAUGUGUGUGAAUGGCAAAGGGUCGUACGUCAUCAUGGGUUGGUCACUGAUCAAACAGCAGUUUUUAGCUCUUUUUAUCAAACGUUUCCACCAUGCCCGCAGAAGUCGGAGGGGAAUCAUCGCUCAGGUAAAACCAUCAGACACAUCAAAUACCCCUUUUGAUGAUCCUGCUGUAGAUCAGGUGGAGAGAGUGACGAAUGCUCUGCUCAGUUCACCAGGAUUUGGGACGCGCUGCAUGAGCACCAACCCCAUACCUAAAUUACCAUGUAACAUGGCGGGAGGCACGAUUUGGUUAACUCCGGCGGUGGAUCCAUCUAUCACUGAGAUCUUUGAGAAGGGGAACUGGAGUAUGGAGAACCCGUCGCCAGACUGCCAGUGCAGCACACCGCAGCGCAGCUUCAUGCUCCCCGACUGCCCGCUCGGAGCCGGCGGUUUACCGCCACCGCAGGUCAGACACACAACAGACACCCUGCAGAACCUCACGGCCCGAAACGUGACCGACUUCCUGCUCAAGAACUACCAGAAAUCAGGAAAGAUACGGUACGGCGGGAUCUCGGUAGGCGGCGUGAACUCGCAGGUCAAACUCAAUGAAUCUGACAUUACAGCAGUGAUCGACGACCUCAAAUCAUUCCUUAACAUCUCGCAGUUUAAUCAGACUGAGCACAUUUUCCAGGCCAUUCGGUUGUUACUGGUGGAGUUGGGCACCAGAGACAACGUGAAGGUGUGGUUCUAUAAUCAGGGUUGGCAUUCGCUCGUGUCGUUCCUGAAUGUGGCCAGUAACGGCGUUCUGAGAGGAAAUCUGCCAGCAGCACGACGAGCGCAAGAGUUCGGCAUCACCACAUUCAACCACCCGCUGAACCUCACCAAAGAACAGCUCUCAUUUACAGCGAUGGCGACGACCUCUACGGAUGUGGUGGUGUCGAUCUGCGUGAUCUUCGCCAUGUCCUUCAUCCCGGCCAGCUUCGUCCUCUUCCUCAUCCAGGAGCGCGUCAGUAAAGCCAAGCACCUGCAGUUUGUGAGCGGCGUCAACCCCACCGUCUACUGGCUGGCCAACUUCGCCUGGGACAUGUGUAAUUAUAUUGUCCCGUGCAUCAUCGUCAUCAUCAUCUUCCUGUGUUUCCAACAAAAAUCAUACGUCUCUCCACCAAACCUGCCUGCCCUCAUCCUGCUGCUGUUGCUCUACGGGUGGUCCAUCACUCCAAUGAUGUAUCCCGCCUCCUUCCUGUUCAGUGUUCCCAGCACAGCGUAUGUGGUUCUGACCUGCAUCAACCUCUUCAUCGGCAUCAACGGCAGCGUGGCCACGUUUGUCAUGGAGCUCUUUGACGACCCUGUGAGCCUCCAGCAAACACACACACACACGUCGAUAAAGUCUCUACCGACAUCUUCAGGCGAAGAGGACGAAGACGUUGCUCGUGAGCGUGAACGUGUGCAGAGGGGCGGAGCUCAGAACGACCUGCUCCGAAUCUGUGACCUCACUAAGAUGUACCGUAUGAAGAAGACUCCAGCCGUGGAGAAAAUCUGUGUGGGUGUUCCUGCUGCAGAGUGCUUUGGUUUGCUGGGGAUCAAUGGUGCAGGUAAAACUACGACUUUUAAAAUGCUGACGGGAGACAUCAGCCCGACGGCCGGAGACGCUUUCCUGAACGGAUACAGAGCUCAGAAUCAGGUGCUGAAGAAGGCCGUGGUGGACGAGCAGACCGCCUCCUGCUCCCUGAAGGACGAGCCCACCACCGGUAUGGACCCCAAGGCCCGGCGUUUUCUGUGGGACUGUAUCCUCAGCGUCAUUAAAGAGGGCAGAUCUGUUAUACUCACCUCACACAGAUUGAGAAUACAGUUUUCGCCCGUGAAAAUCUGUAUGUGUGUGUGUUGCAGGUUCGGGGACGGAUACACACUGAUCAUACGUGUGUGUGCCGAUCAGGCCGACCUGUGCACAGUGGAGACUUUUGUGCGUGACACAUUUCCCGGCAGCACUUUGAAAGAGAAACAUCACAACACUCUGCAGUACCAGGUCCCGCAGGGAGAGGGAGCCCUCGCACACAUCUUCAGCCAACUCAGCAAACACCAGCAGCUGCUGCAUGUGGAGGAUUACUCUGUGUCUCAGACCACACUAGACCAGGUUUUUGUGAGUUUCGCGCGGCAGCAGCGUGAUGAAGAGAACGGAGCGUUUGAGAACGACGUGGAUCUGAAUGAUGAAAUACAAACAUCAGCGACAUGAAUCAAACACCUAUCAGCAGAAACCAGGCACUUUACUAGAGUUAUUUUAUUUAUUUGACAUCUAAAUCUCCAUGUAGG